CCAACCCUGUCCUCUUCCCUUCUUCUGUCUUAUUCUCUUCAAAGUUCUCCCUUUCCAUCUUCUUCUUAAAUAACCCAUCUACCCACUAAACCCCCUCAUUUCACUGAGUUCACUCCUACUCUAACCUAACAAAACCACUCUCCUUCUCCACUUCAAUUUCAAAAACCUCUGCUCCUGAUCCCAAUUCCAGAAGGGUUCAUCCCAGUUCUUCUGUUUCGUUUCAUGAAUUGAGGUCCUGACAAUGGAUCCUCCACUCAUCAAUGAGAACUCUUUUUCUGCAGCAAACCCAUCAUCCUACAGCCUUGCAGAGAUUUGGCCCUUUUCAAUCAAUCCGGGUUCUGACCCAAAUGUUGCUAUUGGAGGUGGCUUGGGGCUCAAAAUGGAAAAUCUUGGCUGGUAUGGGCAUACUUCGGGUCCCCGAGAUGGGUCCAUGGAGGAAUCAACAGUGACAGAGCAAAGCGGUGGAUGUGGAGGUAGAAAGAGAAGGGAUUUGAGCUCCGAGGAUGAGUCUUCCAAGAUUGUCUCCACUACCAGUAGUGCAAAUGACUUGAGUGAAUCAAAUGGAAAAUGGAUGAAGACUUCAGGUUCUAAGAAUGGAAAUGGCAGUUCUAAAGCUGAAGUUGAAGCAAGUUCUGCAGCUGGUAGCAAGUCAGAACAAAAUACUAAACCUGAGCCACCUAAGCAAGACUAUAUUCAUGUCCGAGCCAGAAGGGGUCAAGCUACUGAUAGCCAUAGUCUGGCAGAGAGAGCUAGGAGAGAGAAGAUUAGUGAAAAGAUGAAGAUUCUUCAAGAUCUGGUCCCUGGAUGUAAUAAGAUCAUUGGAAAAGCACUUGUUCUUGAUGAAAUAAUUAAUUACAUACAGGCACUGCAACGGCAGGUUGAGUUCCUGUCAAUGAAACUAGAAGUUGUUAAUUCAAGGAUGAGCAUGGACCCUAGUAUUGAAGGCUUUCAUUCAAAAGAUUUUGGUGGGCAGCCAACUAAUGCUACUGGAAUGAUAUAUAGCUCUGAAGUUGCCAGAGAAUAUGCCCAAGGAUCCCAAGGAGCGUUACCCGAAUGGCUGCACAUGCAGUUGGGUGGAAGUUGGAAGGACAGCAUAAUUUUAGCGGAACCUAAUCAUUGUUACGAUCAAGCAUCAAGAAUGGUCUGUUUUCCAUCUUUAGUCAAGAAGUAAAAAUUUGUUAUUGGUUACAUCUGGUGAAGAAAUGUGUUCCCAUAUGUGAAUUGUUAUUCAUAUUGUAAUAUUAUUAUAUCAUUUGUAGAAAAUUGGUUUCUGAUCUCUAUAUGUAUCAUUUGACCGAAUAGAGGGUACUCCAUUUCCAUUGUAUCAGUUCCUAAAAAUUCUGAAAUUCAUUCAGUUUCAAGGGAUUAUUCCUUUUACAGCAGAUUAUCCAACGUCCUACUGUUCUAUUCAAAAUCAGAACCAAAUGAACAUUUUCUUUAGAA